GCGUCUAAUGCCGACGGGUGCGUCCCUUGUUUACACCCAGGCACACGACAACCUCUUCAAAGCCAUCAACCAUCGAUACCAAAGCACAACUGACUGACAUUCUACGCGCCGACGCGUAGACAAUUGAUCUUUUGUGCCCUUUCUACACACGCCACGCUACUAUAGCACAAAAUGACGUCUACAACACCUACGCGGUCACCUCCCAACUCGUAUCGUCGAACGCGCUCAAAGUCCCCUCUCUCGCGUUCCCGCCCAACAACGCCCCUCCGAGCCUCCUCCCGCUCAUCCCUACGCGACAGCGCCCAAAGAGGUCGCGGCGCCUCUGCAUCAGGAGGCAAUGCGCUUGAAGGCUUACAAGACGGGUUCGCAGAGCUUAGCGACGCAAUGGCAGACCUGGAGCAGAACUUUGUGGCGUUGCAAUUGAUGCACGAGAGCCUUGCAAGGUUUAGCGAGAGUUUUGCAGGGUUUCUCUAUGGGAUGAACAUGAAUGCGUUUUGUGUGGAUUUCCCCGAGGUGUGUACCACACUGCAUUAGGGAAAGUGAUCCCCAAAGACCGGACGAGAGCUGAUU